AUGGAGGAAGAAGAUAUGCAGCAGCAAGAAUCAUCACCAAAGAGAAUAAAAAGAAGACAAGAUGAUGGCUUCCGAAGCAGAAGCAGGAGCAGGGGAAUCGUUACCCUAUCCGACGACAUUCUUGAAUACAUAUUCUCGUACUUGUCGAUAAAGUUAGCCAUAAAGAUUGGAACUUUAUCUUCAAGAUUUCGUAAUUCAUGGAUAUAUAGUCGAAAUCUUGACUUCGACGAGGAAUUUGCAGAAGGCCAGAGUCGAGAAGAGUUUAUCAGAAUAGUUGAUCGUGUUCUGAAACUCCAUAUGGGUCGUAAGGUGUGUAGAUUUCGUCUCUUCUUUGAUCCGAGCGAGAAGGUUCUACAAGUUGAUGAAUGGAUACGUUUUGCUGCCAUGAAAGGAGUUGAAGAGGUCGAUUUAGACUUCUCUGCUGGCUCAGAGAGGAUCUUAAUUUAUAAGAUUCCUGAUUUUCUCUUGGAUUGUGGAUCAGUGAUGGUUCUUAAAUUAACUCUCUGUGAGUUUAUGCCCCCUUUGAUUAGCUUCAAUGGUUUUGGCUCACUCACCACCCUCUCUCUUAGUCGGGUUGAUGUUACUGACCAGAUACUCCAUUCUGUGUUCCAAACAUGUUUGCUUUUAGAGAAUUUAGAUCUGAAUAAGUGUCUGGAGCUCGAUAAUCUUAGAAUUUCAGCUAGAAAUCUAAGGAGGUUCAAGAAGUUGAAGAUCACAGAUUGUAAAAAUCUAUAUUGUUUGAAAAUUGAUGCCCCCACUCUACACUCACUGCAUUAUUCUGGGAAUGGGAAGCUCAUGUUCUCUUUUGGUAGUACCUCAAAUCUGAAAGAUGCAAUGCUUGAUUUCACUGUUUCAAUGUUCAGAGGAUUUGGGGAGACUUUAUACAUGGAAAAUCUUCCAUUUAAGUUAGUUCAUGUCAAGAUUCUCACUGUCUCAAGUAUUUUCCUUCAGGGACUGUCUCCCAAGUAUGUAAAUGGAGAACUUAAAGCUAUUCAAUUCUGUUUACACAACUUGAAGGAAUUUCAAUUAUUGAUGGAGACAGUAAGCUAUUGCAAUCCCUAUGACAUUGCUUUGUUCCUCAAGAACUGUCCAUGGCUAGAGAGAAUUUUCAUAGAUCUCAAAGGAUUUUCUUUCUACCAUGGGAUUUACUGGGAGCUACAUGCGAAGCAGCCACUAGCACAACUUGGUUGUAAAUUUCAGCACCUCAAAUCUGUCAAGUUGAAUGGUUUCAAGUUUGAAGAGCUUGAAAUGCUGUUGGUGAAGUUUGUGUUAGAAAAGGCGAUCGUGUUGGAAACUCUAUUUCUUGUGCCUGACAAGAACCAGUACAAAAUAACCUAUACUGGAGAUAUGCAAAUUGGGAUCUCUAGAGAGGUUCAGAUGGGAAGUAGUAGAAUAGGAAAAGACCUAGGGAAGGUCUGGCCCGAGCUUGGGAAUGCAUUAGGACCUGAUUGUGAGAUCGAAAUUGGUUCUAUUGUUGCUGGUCCUGUCUUGGGAGAACGGGAUCAGACUUCCAGUCCGGCUCUCGAGGUGGAUGAGGUCGAAGCCGAAGAUAGGGAGAAUCAAGGCUCGGCUGAUCAUGGGGACCAGGUCUGA